AUGUGAACAUAGACGGAUAUAUGUAGAUCGGGAGGCGCAUUCCCUUCACAAACAAACGUAAUCCACUGCAUCUUCAGCGGCUCAGAUGUCAGGAGUAAAUGACGACCACUAUGUUCAUUAUUACAUCCAGCAACACAACACCUCAAUCGCUCAAUUCUUGUCUAACUUACAUCCCUGCUCCGGCAUCAAAACAUGGAGGUCGGACUGUUACAGCUGAUCUGAGGUGGUAAAGCAUCCAUACUGCCCUGCUUCAGCGAUCCUGAUAUUGACAGAGAAGCGGAGGAGACCAUAUAUAACCCACAUAUGUCCAACAUCUGUAGCCAGGAUGACACGAACAUUGCCUUUGACCUGGACAAUGAAUCUCUUUCGGACCCCCUUCCACCUCUCCCUCCAUCCCUUCCACCCCUGGACAGCCCUGAACUGCCUCUGCCCCGGGAACCGAGCCCCCUUCCACUGCCCACUGUCAGUCCAGCACGACCCACCACUUUGCCUCUAAAAACACUGCCCCGACCCACAACCAGCAGCACCACGGCCUCCACCACCACCGCCGCCAUCACCAGGGAGAAUGGAGGACCGCUCAGCAAAGACCCAGAGGAAGAGGAGAAGAAGCUGAUGGAGGAAGAGCUAAAGAAAUGCAUUGAUGAUUUCAGGAAAAUACGCAUCCCAAAACUUUUCCCAGACCGCAAGAGACACUGGCAGAGUGAUCUGCUCAAAAAAUAUAAUGCGUAAUACAGAUAAACCACCCUGUUGUAAACAACAGCAUUGUCUGGGCUCUGGGUCUGGUUGCACCAGCUAUUAAUAAGUUACUUUGCCUAGUUAUAGCAUAAAGGAGUACUACAAUUCACACUUUGACUCUUCAACACACACCUGAUCAAAACAGCACACCUGUGUGUUUCAGACUGUGUUAUGCAUGCCAAAAAAAAAAAAAAAAAAAAAUCCAUCUAAAUGCAUUUUUGUGUAUGUGUG